AUGUCUUUUUUAGCACCUAUUAAGCUGAAAGGUGAAAAUAUCCGUCGUUCAUUUGAUGAUUCCUCGCACUCAGACUCAGAACUCUCUAAAAAGACCAACGUUGGUAAAGAGGUUUCAGAACUAGAUGAGAUAGAUGAGAAUGUGAAUAGAAGAUCUCAAUUAAAGAAUGAUCCUACAAACAGUUAUGACAACUCAAAGCCUACUUCUAAUGAUUCUCCUUUUCCUCCCAACUUACCAACCAGAGAUUACCACAAAGCUUUUACAUCCGAGGAUAGAAACAUUUUGCAAAAAGAAAUAAAUGUUAAAAAACUCGGAGAGAAAAUAAAUGAAUUUAAAAGCAAAACAAAAGAGUUCAUUGAUAAAUUUGCAAGUACUAAAGACGAAGAUAGAACAGCAGAAGAAAUCUUUAUCAUCACCCAUCUUUUAAAUAAUUCUGAUCCUAAAUCUCCAAUAUUGGAUGGACAACUUGACCAGUUGGCAAUGCUUGCUUGCUGUGACAGCUCUCGCGUAGUGAAAAGAGCGCUUGAUGUUCUGCUAAAUGAAAUAUUUUUAAAUAUUUCAGAUUUAUCGGUGGAUCGUUGUAAAAACGUAUUGGAGGCGGAAGAAGUUCUUCGCUCAACGUUUUUUCACUUCAUAGAUGUGGAUCGAUAUAAAGCCAAGUGCCACAGGAUGACGACGUAUGCCUGGCUAAUUACGUUAGUCCUUUUGAAGUUUGGCCAAAAGGAAUUUGCCGAACUACAACAAAAAAUGAAACAAUUUGACCAAAGAUUAAGCACACUCAUGAAGCAAAAGGAAAAGAAUGAACAAAGUCUUUACCGGUAUGGUAUUUGUCUUGCCAAAGAAAGUAUCAAAAAAAUUCUUCAGUCAUCUUCUAAACGGGAUGUAGCGGAAUUCCUCAAGCACAACAUCAAAAAGUGUGAAAACCUUCUGAAAGACAAGUUAGACAAGGAUGAAGUAAAGAAGCUUGGUGAAGAGCUUAGUGAUGCAGACAGUUGGUUGAAUAUUCAUGUGUGCCUUGUAUUUUUGCAAGAUUUACCCAAGCAUUAUCAUUUCCAAGACAACCCAAGACCUGUGAUUCUAAUACAGAUGUUAGUUGCAGACUAUCGCGGGCGCUUCAGUACCUCGAAAAUCAAGAAUUUCUUUAGAAAUCAAAGACCUGGUUGGCAGUUUGAGUUGUUGGUUUAUCGGGUGAUGCUUAGAUUGAUUAGAACAUCAAACAACAAAGCAAUAGUUCAACAAGUCUUAACCGGGGAACAAGGCUGCCGUGGAGUUUUUAGGAACUGGGAAGAAGAUAAAUCAACGACAUCGCCCCUGCGUCAACUAACGGUGAAACUUUCUGAGCAACUGUGCGAGAGAGCGGUUUUUAUCUCGACACCACAGAGUAUCAAGGAGUUUCUUGUGGAUAGGUGCAUUGAGGACUUAUCCCUUAUUCAGUUAUCUUCAACAUAUAGAGAUUUAGUAUUGGAGAUUUUUCACGAAUCACAGAUUCAGCUCUCGGCUUACCGCGUCAAUACUUACGAUGCAUCGAUGAGUGGCCGAAAAUGCCUGUUGAAAUUGCACCUGCAUUCAAGAAAAGAAUUACUUGAAAUAGAAUCUGGUGUCGCCCCCUCUUCAGGAAGAAAUUGA